AUGGCACCCAACGCAGCGCUCGCGCCCGGCCACUUCCUCUUCACCUCCGAGUCCGUCGGCGAGGGUCACCCUGACAAAAUUUGCGACCAGGUCUCUGAUGCUAUCCUCGAUGCCUGCCUCGCACAGGACCCGUUCUCGAAGGUUGCCUGCGAGACCGCGUCCAAGACGGGCAUGAUCAUGGUCUUUGGCGAGAUCUCGACCAAGGCGCAGAUCGACUACCAGUCUGUCAUCCGCAACACGAUCAAGGAGAUCGGCUACGACUCGUCCGACAAGGGCUUCGACUACAAGACCUGCAACAUCCUCGUCGCCAUUGAGCAGCAGUCGCCCGACAUUGCCCAGGGCCUCGACCACGGCUCGCUCGAGAACAUCGGCGCCGGCGACCAGGGCAUCAUGUUCGGCUACGCGACCGACGAGACGCCCGAGCUCAUGCCGCUCACCGUCAUCCUCGCACACAAGCUCAACAAGGCAAUGACCGUCGCACGCAAGUCCGGCGAGCUCGCGUGGCUCCGGCCCGACACCAAGACGCAGGUGACGAUCGAGUACAAGAAGGACGGCGGCGCGAUGAUCCCCCUCCGCGUCGACACCAUCGUCGUCUCCACCCAGCACGCGGAGGAGAUCUCGACCGAGGACCUCCGCAAGGAGAUUCUCGAGAAGAUCAUUAAGCAGGUCAUCCCCGCCAACCUCCUCGACGACAAGACCGUCUACCACAUCCAGCCCUCUGGCCGCUUCGUCAUCGGUGGUCCCCAGGGUGACGCCGGUCUUACUGGCCGCAAGAUCAUCGUCGACACCUACGGUGGUUGGGGUGCGCACGGUGGAGGUGCCUUCUCCGGAAAGGACUUCUCCAAGGUCGACCGCUCUGCCGCAUACACCGCACGCUGGAUCGCCAAGUCGCUCGUCAACGCCAAGCUCGCCCGUCGCGCCCUCGUCCAGCUCUCGUACGCCAUCGGUGUCGCAGAGCCACUCUCCAUCUACGUCGACUCGUACGGCACCAGCCAGAAGACUGACGAGGAACUUGUCGAGGUCGUUCGCAAGAACUUCGACCUCCGGCCCGGUGUUAUCGUCAAGCAGCUCGACCUCCAGAAGCCGAUCUACCGCAAGACCGCAUCCUACGGCCACUUCGGCAACCCCGAGUACACCUGGGAGCAGCCCAAGCAGCUCUCCCUCUAA